UCUCAUAUGUUUUCGUUUCGAUUUUCUAUAUAUUGCAACAUAAAGCUACAAUCAGCUGAUUAUGUAAAGGGCGUGUAGCGCAUUUUGUCGGAUGGAAACAUACAGUUAAGUACUGCUACCCGUUACGUUAAAAUAUGCUAAAACUAGCAUAAAGUUAGUGAAAAAAGUGCACACUAUAUAUCACCAUACUACUAUCAGUGAUAAACGCGAUAACAUGUCCCGCUGCAUGCUGAACCCCCUGUGGUACUAUCGCACCGGAUACGGGUUGCAAAAUUUUCUGCCUUCCUUCGCUCGGGCAUGUCUGUUCUCGACCGAUUCGACGGGCGGCAAUGCAGGAAACGGAGCUGGAAAAGGUUUCGUUCGGAAUACCACGAUCUUGGUUCAGCAAGGCUGCGAUAUACAGGAACUUCCCGUCGUAGUACGAAAGGUAGCAGAGGAUGAAUUUGUUUCGUUUAUUUCUAACAAAGUCCUGGAAAAUCAGCACGGUAAUCCGCAGGCGGAUGCUGCAUCAGCGGACCAAAGUGCCAGCAAGGACAGCGUCGAGAAGAGUCAUACGUUCACUGCCAUCGAUGGCUGUCACACUGCACAGGGCGUAUGCUCGGUGAUCCAAGCUUUGGGGGAAGAGAAUAUGACUGUGAAUCUUGCUGUACGGGCACUGGAGAAGAUUUUAAAAAUCGAAAGUUUGUUGGAACUAAAAAAGCUGGAUAGUCAAGCAGAUUUUGAGCAAAUUGUCAACUGCAUAAUUUUCCAAGGAGAUAACGAGGCGGUGUUGAGUAGUUUGGAUGGAUUAAGAAAUUAUCUGGAACUAGCUAGGACAAUAGAUAUGCUAGGAAAUGAAUUGGUAUAUCGUUGCUCGGAGAAUAAGCUGACAGUUGAGCAGUGCUGUGAGGCAAUCGAAAGUUUGACUGAAUGCCGAAGAUAUGAGAUGGUGGAGAAGUUUUGGAGUGGAUUGGCCGAUCAGGAAAAGCAAAUAACUGAAAAAAACAUUCACAAAGUUUUCGUCAUAUUGCCGUACUUGAAGAUUAGCAGGAGGGCAGUCCUUAAUAUUCUCGAGCGUAGAAUUCCUUCAGUUUGGUGGCAAAUGACCACCAAUAGCACGAUUGAUGUAUUGAAUUCAAUGGAAAGUUGUAAGAUGUCUUCGUUUAGAAUCACGCAAACUUUGGCUCGUUGGCUGAAUACAAACAUUCACGCCGUAAGCGAAGACCAACUGCAAUCGUUGCUGGAAUCAUUCACCAACCUUAGCUAUUCGGACAAUCAAAUUGAACGUGCAAUCGAGCGGUACGUGAAAGCGAAAGGUAUCAAAAUCACAUCGCAAAGUCUGAUCGUAGUGAUACUGAAACAUUGCCAGAUCUUUCGUUUGCGAAACCCCCACAUUCUUAAUGGCUGCAGUGAGUUUUUUAUCGUCAACCAUCAGAACUUAGACCCAGGGUACCUUCGGUCAGUAAUCUGUCCUUUCGGUUGCCUGGACUAUCAUCCUGUAAAUAGUAACAAAUUUUGGGAAACUAUCGACAUGUAUUUGGAUUUGAAUUUCUCCAAAAUUCAUCCGAUGGAAAUCAUCGACAUUAUGUUCUGCUAUGUUAGCUUGGAACGAUAUCCAUUGAAUUUCGUCAAUCGCAUCUUCAAUCCAUACUUUCUGGAUGUAUUGCAUAUUCGAACUCGUCCUGAACGUUUGGAUCGCGUUCGUAGUAUACUUAAGGUGUUCGACACAAGCUUAACGUUGGAAUGUCCAGAUUACGAUGGACCCCUGCUGCCUCGCGACCACUCGGCCAAGGCAGUGUUUCACGAUGGACGUAUUAAGCGAAUCGUAAACUACAUCCUUCCGGAGUUGGAAGAAUUGGCCGGCGGACCGGACUGUAUCACUAAGUUUACUAUCCUGCAACACCUCCCGGUGCAUGAACUGUACCUAGUGGAUGUUUUGUUUCAUCCGCCCGGCAUGGGAAACAUCUUUUCGCUGAACCCAACGAAAGAGCGUAACAUUAACGUAGCGGUUUUGAUUCACCUGCCGGAGUAUUAUAGCAGCACCGGUGAGCAUCUGAUUGGACCGCAGGCAAUGAGAAUUCGACACCUUAGGCGGAUGGGGCUGAAAGUGGUUACGCUCAGGUUCGAUGUGCUGUACAAGAUGAAAGUUCAUCCGAAAGAACUGCGAAAGUACCUGGUGGAGCGAUUGAAACAAGCUUAUGACGCGUUACCACCACCAAAUGAUGUAGUAAAUAGCAAUUCGGACGAGUGAAUAGGAACGGAUUUGAGGUGCUAUACUUAGAAUUGAAACGUUGAAUUAAGUUAAAAAUUGAUAACACUAAAGUAAUAGGCAUUAUUGAUCUCCCCCGUAAAACGUGUACUUAAUGUGAUACAUUCGAUAAAUAACCCGGCUUAAUAAAUUGUACUAUUUGGAUUAGUUCCCAUUGUAAGUUUUAGACUCAGAGAAAAUAAUAAAACGCCAUCUGUUUAGUAA